AUGGUGGUGCUCAUGGAGUACGCCCCCGGCGUCGGCGUGACCAUGAAGAGGAAGGGCGAGGAGGAGCCGGGGCUGUUCGCGUUCCCCGACGACGGCGACGGCGGCAGCGUUCCGGUUUCCUGUCGCGCGACCAAGAUGAGGCGGCUGGAGAUUGCCGGCGCCGGCCACGAUGUGCCGGCGGCGGCGGCCGUUGGGACGGAGGGCGACGUGAUGAUGGCGGAGGAGCCGCCGGCGCCGUCGCUCGGGGCCGCGGAAGGGGAAAAGAGGGCUGUGGUGGUGUACGGCCCGGCCGUCGACGCCGCGCGCGCUGGUGGCCGGCUCGGCCUUCUCGGCCAAUGGCGGCUCCCCCCUUGGGCGCCCCUUAGCGCCGGCGCCGAGUGGAUCCGUGACAUGUUGCGCGAGGCGGACGGCCGCACGGUGCGGGCGGUGCUGUCCAGCGCUCAGGAAGAGGGGAGCGCCGACCUGGCACUGGUCCCUUGGGGCGCGGCACACGUGGCGGCAGAGGCGAAUCAGCCGUCCACGGCCGCGGAGACGGUGGACGGGGAAGAGGACGCCGAGGGAACGGCAGCGAUGGACAUCGAAGAGGAGAGGGAACAUCAUCAAGCCCAGGCGGUCGCGACCGGCUGCGGUGAGGGGUACUUGUGCCGGUGGCCGCAGCACUGCUUGGCGCCGCCUCCGUUGCCGGCGGUUCGCCAGGCGACCCCGGCUGUGUGGUCGUGGUGA